GGAAACCUUCUUAUCUUCUGAUUGGCUCGACGCAAACUGCGUCAUCUACGCGCCUGUGUGUGAUCUCAGCACAUGCGCCACUGUGUUAGGAAGAAAAGCCGGGUAGCCAAAGUGUCUCACCAACCUGCGCAACUUCUUCUGAGCAUAGAUUUCCACACACAUUGUGGACAUAUUAUCAUAAUGUAUCUUCUAUAACAGUGAAUUGAAACAUGCCAAAGUCUCAGAAAAAGGCGUGCACCGCUCAAACCUCCAUUAGCAAGUACUUCAGGGGACUGAGCAGCAAACGUGCCUCCAACCCUCAGUCUGGGAUUAAACCAAAUCCUGCAGAACACCAGCUUUCAAGAGGCAAGCAGAAACUUCCCCCUGAUGAUAAUUAUGGAUUGCCAAAAAAACGAGCUAAGCUUUCUGUGCGAGAUGAGGUAGUGAAAGAGGAUUUGACCUGUGAGGCGACUUCGUGCCAGAGCACUAAAGGAACAACUUUAACAUCGCCUAAAGCAGCACGCAGCCUCUGCUCCUCCACCUUGGAGAAGCUAAAAGGCUUCAGUGUUGGGCACAGUGAAAGUCAAAGGGAGGAAAAGGUGGCAGAAGGUUCUAGCAGUAAAAUCUGUGACAGAGGAAGCAGCAUCGGGCCUGCUCGGGACGACACAGAUUCACAAAGCUCUAAAAACAGACCCCAGCUGACAGAGGAGGAGCAUGAGGAUGAAGAGGAGGAGGACAAUGAGCAGGAUAGUUCAGGGACGUCUGUACCCAAACAGGUGAUCCACUUUUCUCGGUUUGCCAAGAUAGGAGGAACAGGAAAAGGAGGAAGGAGUGGGGAUCUGAGUCCUCCAGUGGAGUCGAGUGCCCCCUGCAGACGAUCAAAGAGUGUAUACACCCCCCUGGAGCAGCAGGUCAUCCAGCUGAAACAGCAGCAUAAAGAUGCGUUGUUGGCUGUGGAGUGUGGAUACAAGUACAGGUUCUUUGGAGAGGAUGCUGAGACUGCAGCAAAGGAGCUGAACAUCUUCUGUCAUCUGGAUCAUAACUUCAUGACGUGCAGCAUCCCCACACACCGUCUGUUUGUCCACGUCCGACGGUUGGUGUCACAAGGACACAAGGUGGGUGUGGUGAAACAGACAGAGACGUCAGCCAUCAAGGCCUCAGGAGCCAAUAAGAAUGCUCUGUUCAGUCGUCAGCUCAGUGCUCUGUACACCAAGUCCACUCUGGUGGGAGAGGAUGUGAAUCCAGUCUGCAGGCUGGGGGAUGGGGAGGAGGGGGCCUGUGGUGACGUUGUGUUGGACCCUCCUGACAGUUUCCUGCUGUGUAUCAGUGAGAACUGGGACAAGUUAAAGAAGCAGCUCACUGUUGGUCUGGUGGCGGUUCAACCCAGCACUGGAGAUGUGUUACUGGACUGCUUCCCUGAAGGUCAGUCUCGCUCUGAGUUGGAGGCUCGUGUCCUCAAGAUCAACCCUGUGGAGAUACUGGUGCCCUCUGACCUCUCAGAACAAACCCACAGACUCCUGCAGAGCAUCGCAAAUGCAAGCGCUCAGGCUGAUGACCGUGUGAGAAUUGAGACGAGGGACAGCACUCAGUUUGAGUUUGCCUCUGCAAUGAACACAGUGACAGAGUUCUACUGCCACACCCAGGAGGAAGGCUCUCGCUCUCUGUCCAUGGUGGCAUCCUUGGACAGCGUUGUGAUCUGCUGCCUGGGGCCCCUCAUCCACUACCUUCAAGAGUUCAACUUGGAAAGAGUUCUGAGGAGUGAAAGCUCAUUCAGACGUCUCUCCUGUGCGUCAGAUGGCAUGACUCUCAGUGCAGCCACCCUUAGGAACCUGGAAAUCCUCAACAAUCGGACAGAUGGCGGUGUGAAAGGCAGUCUGUUGUGGGUGUUGGACCACACUCAUACUGCGUUCGGGAAGAGACUGCUGAGGAAGUGGGUGAGCCAGCCCCUCACAGACCCGCGGUCUAUCUCAGAGAGGCAGGAUGCUUUGCAGGAGAUCCUGGAAUCGGACUCUACGUCUUUGAAUUCUGUCAGAUCUCUCCUGUCACAUUUACCGGACCUGGAAAGAGGCAUCUGCAGCAUCUACCACAAAAAGUCCUCCACACAGGAGUUUUACCUCAUUAGUAGCAGUCUCUCUCGCCUGGGGCUGGAACUGCAGGCUCUGCUCCCAGCCAUUCAGUCACAGAUCAGCUCAGGACUGCUCCGGGCCCUUCUGUUGGACUCUCCUGACCUGCUGGCUCCGUCCCACAGCUUCCUCAAAGUUCUGAAUGAAAAAGCAGCCAAGUCAGGGAAUAAGACGGAGCUGUUCUCAGAUCUGUCUGGCUUUCCGGUGCUUCAGGAAAGGAGGGAGCAGAUCCAAACCGUCCUCAGUGAGAUCCAAAACCACCGCAAAGAAGUCCGCCUGAUGCUGAAGGCCCCAGCACUCGAAUACACCACCGUCUCUGGACAGGAGUUUCUGAUAGAGGUGAAGAACUCACUGUCGUCCAGUGUUCCACGUGACUGGGUCAAAAUCAGCAGCACCAAAGCUGUCAGCAGGUAUCACUCUCCAUUCCUGGUGGAGUGCUACAAGGAGCUGCUGCAGCUCCGAGAGCAGCUGCUGCUCGACUGCAAGAGAGAGUGGACAAAUUUCCUGGAUCAGUUUGGGGAGCACUAUCACACCAUGAAAAGGGCCAUUAGUCACCUAGCAACCGUGGACUGUCUCUUUUCAUUGGCCGAGGUGGCCAAACAGGGAGACUACUGCAGACCAGACGUGUGUGAGAAUCAGCGUCAGAUUCUGAUCAGGAAUGGCAGACAUCCUGCCAUCGACUUACUGAUGGGAGAGCAGAGCCAAUACGUGCCCAACCUCACAGAACUGCAGGGUGAUGGCAGGAGAGCCAUGAUAAUCACUGGCCCUAACAUGGGGGGUAAGAGCUCCUACAUCCGCCAGGUGGCCCUGAUAUGUGUCAUGGCUCAGAUGGGCUCGUAUGUCCCGGCCUCUGAGGCUCGUGUUGGUGUGCUGGACGGCAUUUACAUCAGAAUGGGGGCCUCAGACAACAUCUACAAAGGCCGCAGUACCUUCAUGGAGGAGCUGACUGAAGCCUCAGAGAUUAUUUCCCAUGCAACAGAACGUUCGCUGGUCAUCCUAGAUGAGCUGGGACGGGGCACGAGCACCCAUGAUGGGAUUGCCAUCGCUUAUGCUACCCUGGAAUACUUCAUCCGAGAUGUGAAAGCCCUCACCUUGUUUGUGACCCAUUACCCUCCUCUAUGUGAGUUGGAGCGUGUGUAUCCUGAACAUGUGUCUAACUACCACAUGGCUUUCCUACUCAAUGACCCUGAUAUUGCUAUGGAAUCUGACGAUGGAGAAGUUCAGCCAGAGUUCAUCACCUUCCUCUACCAGUUAACCGAAGGAGCAGCAGGGAGGAGCUACGGCCUGAAUGUUGCCCGAUUGGCUGACAUCCCUGACUCUAUACUGCACACUGCUGCACGAAAAGCCAGGGAGCUUGAAAGCACAGUCAACGCCAGGAGGAAGAACAAGAAACUUCUCUCCGAUCUUUGGAGCCUUUCGGACAAAUCAUCUCUUGUGGAGUGGCAGCAGACAAACUUGACAUCGCAGCAACAGUAGAACACAAAACAAGUGAAUGGACAAACUUUAGAGAAGACUCAAGACUGAUGGAGUAAAAUGGUUGUUUCUACUUGUCUUGCUAUCAUUUCAGCCACCUCAGGUACUGUUCAUCAUGUACUGUAACUUAACUUUUGAUUAUGUGACAUCAUCCUGCUUGGUAAUUCAAUUAAAAAAAUGAACUUUUGGCCUUAA